AUGGCAGACGUCCAAGAAACCCGCGCCAAAGACUUUAUCCGCUUCAAAAACUUCGCAGCAUGGACUUUUAUCGUCGGCGCGCCCGUGCUGCUGGCCAUGCCGCCACGCAAACUCGACCUGCACAGUUUCGCGCUGACCUCGGCGUUUGCGGUGUCUGCGAACCAUUUAUAUCGUCAACGGAAUCCCGCGGGGAGGGGGAUAUUGGAUGAGACUGGGGUGCGGGUUUUUGCGCGUGAAGAUAAAGAGGAUGGGCCGGCGAAUUUGUUCAAGCAGCUGCCUACGGAACGAGCGGCAGAGGUACAGGCGCAGUUGCGCGCGGCAAAGGAAGCGUCCUUGACAAACCAGACAGAAUUGGACAAGUACAAGUCGGCGACGCAGUUUCAGGAUCGGUCACUACCGGAAAAGAUCUGGAUGGGUGCGGAGACGGAGGGCUGGAAGGAAAGACGGCUGCGUGAGGAGCAGCAGGCGCUGGCUGAGGGAAAGGGGUAUGGCGAUUUGAUCAUGGAGCAUAUCUGGGACGUGUGGAAUUGGGGGAAGCCCGAGGACAAGAAUGACAACAAUACGGAUGGAAAGAAGUGA